AAACACCGGAACGUCACACAAAACCCACCCUCCCUCCCCCUCCCCCCGAUUCUAGUCUCCAGUAAAAACCAACCAAAGCCGCCCCCCCCAUGUUCGAAGCCCGCCUGGUGCAAGGGAGCCUCCUGAAGAAGGUGCUGGAAGCCAUCAAGGACCUGCUGAACGAGGCGUCGUGGGACUGCGCCGACUCGGGCAUCCAGCUGCAGGCGAUGGACAACUCGCACGUGUCGCUGGUGUCCCUGAACCUCCGCGCCGAGGGCUUCGACAAGUACCGCUGCGACAGGAACCUCCUCAUGGGCAUGAAUCUCACGAGCAUGUCCAAAAUCCUCAAGUGUGCCGCUAACGAUGACAUCAUCACAAUGAAGGCCCAGGAUAACGCAGACACCGUCAUUCUGUUCGAAUCUCCCAACCAGGAAAAGGUCUCCGAUAUGAAAAUGAAGCUGAUGAACCUCGAUCAGGAACAUCUUGGCAUUCCAGAAACAGAUUAUGCAUGUGUUAUCAAAUUGCCAUCUGGUGAAUUUGCCCGUAUCUGCAGAGAUCUUAGUCAGUUUGGAGAGAGCAUUGUCAUUGCCUGUACAAAGGAAGGAGUCAAAUUCUCUGCAGCAGGAGACAUUGGUACUGCAAACAUCAAGCUGGCACAGACCUCCAGUGUGGACAAAGAGGAGGAAGCAGUCGUUAUUGAGAUGCAGGAGCCUGUCACAUUAAACCUUUGCCUGCAGAUACUGAACAUGUUCACAAAAGCAACACCACUUUCCCCACAGGUUCUCCUUUCCAUGUCCCCUGAUGUACCCCUGGUCGUCGAAUAUUCAAUUGGCGAGAUUGGCCACAUCCGUUACUUCUUGGCCCCCAAGAUUGAGGACGAAGACUCAUAAAACUUGAAGAAUAGGCUUUCUUAGGGGGGAACAAUAAGGAUGUAC